CUAUGCUAUAAUGUUUAUCAUUCAUCUAUGGAUUAUAAGAGUUUAUAUGAAUACUUUUGUGAUGAUAAAAAAUAUUCGGGGAAAAAAUGAUAGAAUCGUGUUCGAAAAAACAGAUGUUAUUGGCAGUAAUUUUCUUAGGAGGACUGACUGUGUUCGUGCUGGUGGUGGAAAGUCGAUGGACGUCGUCGAACAGGAACGCCCCGCAGCUGGCUGACGGCAGUUCCGCGGGAGAAGGCCCGUGCUGGCUUCGGGAGAACUACACUGUAGUGGAACCCUGCCACCAGUGCUCAGAUUUUGAACUUGCUAGCAAAAUAAGUAAUGUAUGUGUAGCAACAAACUUCAAAGAAGUAUUGAGAUGCAAAACAUCAGGAUUAAUCAGUAGAAGCUGUGCGAAAGUGACUUGGUUGGAGGAGCGAAACUUCUGGCUGUUUGAAGGGCUGAUGUUGGUGUUGGGCGUGAUCUCCACCACCGCUGUGUUUGCGCGUCAGAAGGUGCUUGACAUCAGGAUGAUGAGGAGGAUCCAGAGGCAGCUGGCAAACAGUGUGUGA